UAUGGAUGCGAAAUCUGUUGUUACAGUUCAUAAGUUCAUAUUCAUAAUUUAUAAUUAUUAUAACAGUUGCCUUUGUUAUAUUUCUUUCCGGGUUUUCUCCAAAUUUUUUACUAUGAACUCGUUAGUAUCGAAUGAUUAUUUGCAGCAGAUCAGUACAGUACUUCCCCUUCAUAUUGUGGAGCAGCCUGCAAUGAUUGCCACGCAGGUUCCGCAACCAGCAACCAGAAGGAAAGCAGCCAACCUGGACGGUCAGCCUGAAGCCAAACAGCACGUCAAGUCCUUCGCCCUGGUUCACUGUUUCGUCAACACGGACUUGCCAUCGUUGAGCCUGCGACGCUGCGAUGAACUGAUCGCCUCGGUUGACCACGUCUCCGAUCACUUGUUGCACGAGAUGUACGAAUGUUGUCCGGAUUUGUUAGCCCGGAAGGAAUACCCGCAUCUCUAUACGAUUCUCGACAGCACUUCAUCUUCCUCCUUCGCUAGAUGUAUUGCCUACAUAAGGAAGCAGCAAGCACUGUAUAUCGCGUUGGACGGGCGAUAUGCCAAUGCGCAACCGGGGACUGAUGACGAAAAAUUGGACCGUAGCUACAAACCAGCGGUGCUGUUAAUUGCUACUGAGAAUUUUAUUUUUAUCUUUGACUGGACGAAAAUGGAUACCGCGUUUGUCCGCUCGAUAUUACAGCCGCUAUUCGCUGAUCUCCAUGUGCACAUCGUCGUGCAUGAUUUUGCCACGAAAGAGAGAAUUUUGUAUAAAAAGUAUGGGAUAAAGGCGUACAAUCUCUACGAUAUAGCCGAAGCGGAGAAGCGCCUGGAAAAGAAGCAACAUUUGAGCGCUCUGAACACGUACAGCAUCGCGGAUUUCCAGCAAAGAUACCACAGUAAAAGCCGUAUAUUCGAAAAGUCAUCCCACGAAACAUUCCAGCAUACUCCCUUGGAAAAACUGCCAAAAACUCCUAGUCGGGGUGUGAACCAUUAUUCACCGGAGAUUUUAGAAGAUUGUAUGAAACAGGUGGUGUAUUUGCCCAUCAUAAAGUCCUUGCAGACGGAGCUGUUCAUGAGGCGAUGCCGACAAGCGAUGGAGGAUGCGCUGCUGGACGUGUGGAUAUCGAGCGAAGAGUGGGCCUACUGCACAGCCAGUUCCAAUACGAAUGCGCCCAUCUUUCCCAACGAAAAUGACGAGACUGAGCUCACGGUGGACUGAGACCCUAUGGAGUAGUGUUUCUCAUACCCGAUGAAAAUCUGAGGAUUUUUUAUCUGUUAACUUAGAAUUGGUUCGGAUGGUGGCACUGCGUAUCGUUUUAUGUUUUACAGUUUUCGUUUAGCCCUAAUGCAAUUUCUGUUGUAUUUGUUUACAAUUGUGCCGGGAUGAAAACAAUGAUUUGAACGAUGUGCUAAUCCAUGUUAUCAGUC